AGAUAUAAACAAAGUACAUCGCUGGUGAGUGGGUGGUUUCGUGUUGAUUAUAUGUGUAGAGUUGUUUAUUUUGAUUUUGCAGUACGGCUGGAUUGGUUUGAGAUAAUACAUGAAACAAACUACAAGAACAUAUUUUUUUGUUGUGGUACAACGCCAUAUAGACAACCGGUCAUUGUAGUUGGGUUUUGUAAUGCAGAUAUGACGUACAACAACUUACUAUGACAAGCAGUGCAGCUUGUGUUAGAGAAUGGCUAGACCCAUCGUUUGUGUGGGAAACUGUUGAUUGAUCUGAACUUUGAACAGACGGCACCAAGUAUACUUGUCACAACAAGGAAGUGAACAACCCAACCAAGUUUACGUCAGAAAUGGCAACACGCAUCGAAGAUGAAGAUUACUGGAAUGAUAGUGAAACCAGUGCCAGGGCAAAAGCUUUUAACUUCGAAGAUGAAGAUUCUAGCAGCCAACUUUGUGGUGUAUCCAGAAGUGGAACUGCAAGGUUAUCACAGCAGGUUCGAGCUGAAAUUGGACAAGAUGGCAGUUGUUUUGAUGCUGACUCAAUUUCAGGAAUGCUGUCAAAGAUAUCUGCAGUGGAUCCCAAGAAAUCUCAAGCAGCACCACUCCUGUCAUUAAUAUCAGAACAGUCUCUGAAUUGCAUUUUAGAUGCUGGGAAACAACAUUCCUUUGUGGCUAAGGGUAGCAGAAGCCCUGAAGAAGAAUUGCAAGUGUUGCGGAAAGAAGUUGAGGAUCACUGGAAACCCCUUCCUGUACGUCAUACAAUUACAAAAAUGUUGCUUGGACAGCGUUAUUCUCUGGAGCUUUAUCGUUCAUUAGACAGUAAGAAGGAACUUCUAGAUGAAGCCAUUGCACUGGGUGAUGGGAAUGCGGUGCUUGCUGUUGUUCUUUUUCUUGUUCGCACCCUGAAGAAAUCACUCUUCUAUAGCAUACUUGCAACUCGUCCAGCAGCCGUUUCCCAAUAUGUGCAAUACCUUACAACUCGUAUGGAGGUCCAGGAACUUACUGAUUUACUAACAAUGCUGGGUCAAAACAGAGAAGCAGCAAUGAAACAAUUCCAUCUCGCUGUUAGAUAUACUUCCAAUGUUGAAAGGAAAAUUCAGAAGCUUCGAUUCUGUGCAAAAAAUUACUUUAUCACUGACGGAAUUGACCGAAGGACAGUUUUGAACUAUGUUCAGCUACUUGAAUGGCAACAAGCUGUUUCUUCGAAUGAGAAUAACAUCAUAAAUAAUUCAGUUCUUGAUUCACUGGCUUACGUUUGUAAACAUUACUGGGAUGAACCAAAGGGAAACUUAUUUUCACCGUUAACUUUAUGCCAGCAACAUGGAAUAAGCGAAAAGCAGUUCCAGUGGACAGCAUUAACUGUGCGUGCUUCAUUGCAUGCAUGGGAUGACAUUGAAGCCCUCUUAUUUACAAAGAGUUGGCUUGGUGGGAAGAAAUUGAAGACUGCUGUUCCUGUGGAGCCGCUUAUGUUGAAGCUUCACGAACUUGGUGCACCAAAUGAUGUACUGUGUAAAUAUUUAGCUUUCAUAGACAAUACUGGGAAACGACUAAACAUUGCUCGUAAACUACAAUGCCACAGAACUGUUAUUGAUAUCUUUACUGAACAACGAGACAGGCAAUCACUAAUUAGUUACAAAGCCAUAUUAGAUCCUCAGUCAGAUGACUACUCUUACGCUGAGGGUGCCCUUCAGUCUUCAACUAUAAAAUGGAAAAACUGAAGGAAUGAUGAAAAUUAUUCCUUUGACAAUUUUGUGCAGUAUGUUCACCAGCUGGUUGAGAGUAAGAAGCACAUUACUCACUUCUAAUUAGGGCCCACUCAUCAUCUGCCUGGUGAUUUGUGUACUGAAUCGACGUCCCAUACAACUCUGCUGUGGAAUGACGUCCACCACCUCAUCUCCUAGCUGCUGACAUGCAGAGCUGACUACCCGUGUAUGGUGCAGUUAACAGAUCCUUUGUGCAAGGCAUGCAUAGUUGUAUACUUUCUGCAGAUCAGGAUCAGGUAGUUGUGUCCAUAUUACACUGCUUGAUAACUGGCUCCUAGCUUGCCUCAGUGUCAGUAUAUUCCUUAGGCCAUAGCUGGGCAGUCACUCCAAAUGCAUCCAGGGUUGAAUCACAUUACAAUAGCUGUAUUCAUAAAUCUUUGUUCUGUAAAUUAAUAAUUUCAUUCAGUUACUAGCCAUGUAAGUAAUCAAUUUAUUUUAUGAUGAAAAUGAGUUGAAAGUAAUUUUUU